UUUGUUUCUAAUACUAUUUACUUUUACUUCGCAGCAAGAUAUUUAUGUUGUUUUUGUGCGAACAUGUGUGACCUAAACUCCCAAAACGGUUACGGAAUUAAAUCUACAACUCUAAGUAAAGGCUGUCCGGAUAUACCAAGCAAAGAGUUCGCAACUAACACAGAACUAAAUAAAACGUCCAAGUCAGAGUUUGAUAGUGGUUUCAGUGGUUUGUUGGAGGUUGCUUCCUCCAUUCAACGAGGUUCAUCAAGUUAUUCAAGCAUGCCAACCACAGCAAAUACGUCAUCAUCUGCAUAUUCAUCCGCACCAUCAUCGUGCUGUGACACUAACGAGCGAAAUCGAAGAAAAUCUGAAGUUGUUCCCGGUCAAGUACUUCAUAUCGGAAACCAGCCUUGCUUUUUAGACAAUCCCCAGAGCUAUUCUUCUAGCAAUAACGAAAGUCCGGUUUAUCACGAGUUGCUGCACCCCUCAUAUUCCGCACCAACUUUAUUACACAACAAAAUCAACUUGAAACCACAACUACCUCAGUCGUGUCAACAACGACGUCGUUCCCACCAACACGUACCCCUCACAACCAGCAAACACGAAGUAGAUGACCAUCUAUAUCUCCAUGAUGCAAUUAAUGGAAAGGUUUAUCAGAAGAGACGUAUGCUUGGAAAGGGAGGCUUCGCUCGAGUUUACGAAGUCAUCGAAGAAUGCGACAUUGAGGAUUCUGGAAUGAUUUUUGCUGCGAAAGUCAUCGAUAAAUCGCGGCUGUCGCGACCGCAACAGCGCGAAAAGGUCGACAUUGAAGUAAAAUUAUUAAAAGCGGCACGUGGUCACCCUAAUGUGGUCGCCUUUCACAAAAGCUUUGAAGACGAAAAAUUUAUCUGUAUUUUGUUGGAACUUUGCAAUAAAAAGAGCCUCGCGCAAUAUCUAAGGAGAAAGCAAUAUCUGAGUGAAGCGGAGGUUUGCUGCAUCGCAAGACAAAUCGUAUCCGGGCUUUCACAUCUUCACGAUAAUGGGAUAAUCCACAGAGACUUAAAGUUGGGAAAUAUACUCCUCACAGAUGACAUGACGGUCAAGAUUGGAGACUUUGGUCUUGCAACACUUGUAGAAUGGGGAAAGAAAAAAACAAUAUGCGGAACGCCGAACUUUAUCGCGCCAGAGGUUCUUCAAAGACAGGGUCACGGUCCAGAGGCCGAUGUUUGGGCGCUAGGUUGUUUACUCUAUACUUUGUUGGUUGGCAAGCCACCCUUUGAAACUUCUUGCUUAAGGGAGACUUACCGAUGUAUCUUAAAGAAUAGUUACCGCAUACCUUCCACUGUGUCGACAGAAGCGGCAGAUUUGUUACGUUGGAUGUUACGUCAUAAACCAAAAAUGCGACCCACGCUUAGCCAAGUAUCGUCCCAUGCGUUCUUUACAAAGCAUUCUGAGACAUCCAGUAUCUCCACACCCAUCUCGAAAACUUACACACUAAGUUUCCACGGCAACGGUUUAGGCCACGUAUCUAAUAGUUCCACGGAAUGCAAAUCGUGCACGAUCGUCGGUUCGAAGACCAACGAAGGUUCGAUCCCGAGUAAAGAAGACACGAAACAAAACGAAGCUUCGCCUGCCUGUGUUGACGUCCCGACCACCAAGAGUCCAGUAAAACUUAUAGCAUGCAAACUACAACGCCAUUUUCGUGUUCCAUCUCCCCGGAAAUAUGUUCGAGCAGCAGCUUCCACCUUGUUUGACAAGAAAACCGAAGGAAAACAACCCGAAUCGAACAACAAACCGAUUAGAAAGUCGUCAGCCACUGUAAACGUGGCUUGCCAAAAUCAGCCCGGAGCAGCUGCAGCUUCAACGUGGGUUUGUAAGUGGGUGGAUUACUCAAACCGCUACGGUUUCGGAUACCAACUCGCCAAUGGUCGCGUGUGUGUUCUAUUCAACGACGGAAAACACAUCUCGAUGCUUCCCGGUGGAAAAGUAAUCGAAUACGCGUCGAACGAACAAUCCAAUGCUAUCCGGUUUUCCGUGGAUUCCGUCCCACCAUGUUUGGAAAGAUACGCGAACAUGUUGAACAACUUUACGCAUUACAUGGACACUAAACUACGUCAUAACACCGAUGUACGUCAGCAACAACAGCAGACGAGUAACGCUCGUAUGUUAACUUGGUUCCGCACCGAUGAUUAUGUGUUAAUGUACCUGAAUGAUGGGACGCUCCAAGUCAACUAUUGUACGGACCAUGUUAAAAUGAACAUAACGUCAAUCCACAGAAGAUCUGCCAUGAAAAUAACUGUCGUAGACGAGAACCGCCAAACAUCCACCUACACGACGACAACUUUCAACGAUCAAGCUCCAACGUCAAUUAAAUCCCGGCUCCCCCUUCUUCACGAUCACUUCCAUAACCUUUUUCCGGAUGUUGAAUGUUCCUCGCAUCCAUUCUGUGCAGUUUCAUCACAAACUCACCCCAAUCUAAAUGUUGACAAACUAUCCACGUAAAAAUGGUGCAAUGAUAUGUGAAGCUGCCGUACUUGUAAAUCUGCUGUGACGUAACAACGCAUAGCACGACUAUGCUGCCAUUAUUUAUUUCAUUGUCAACAAAAUCAAUAGAUGCGAAAAGUAUAAAAAUAUUUUAUCUUUUUUUUGUUAAAAAACAACGACAAGCUACUUUUUUCUAUUUUCCUACUUUGUUUUCCUAACUUAUUUAUUUUCUUCGUUUUCAUUUACACGUUUAAUACAUCUUGCCAUCAAUUAUGUUA